CAACACCACCAAACGACGACAUCCCAAUCUCUGCCUUCUCUCUCUCUCUCUCUCUCUCAUCGGGCUCAGCUAGUUUCUCUCUCUAUCUUCCCAAGGGUCAAGGCCUUCCUCUGUAAACACUAAUUCCCUUCUCCCUUGGACACCGUCAUCACUCAUGGCUCCCGAUCUCGUCCCCACCAGCGUCCCCCAAUCGGGUUUCACUAAACCCGCCACCCUGCCGAGUCGGGCGUACGUGACUUUCUUGGCCGGCAACGGCGACUACGUGAAGGGCGUCGUCGGGUUGGCCAAGGGAUUGAGGAAGGUCAAUGCAGCGUACCCAUUGGUCGUUGCAGUCUUGCCCGACGUCCCGGAGGAUCACCGCCGCAUUCUUCAACCGCAGGGUUGCAUCAUCCGUGAGAUCGAACCCGUUUACCCACCCGAGAACCAGACCCAGUUCGCCAUGGCCUAUUACGUCAUCAACUACUCGAAGCUGCGGAUUUGGGAGUUUGUGGAGUACGAGAAGAUGAUAUACUUGGACGGGGACAUUCAGGUGUACGAUAACAUAGACCACCUCUUUGACUUGCCAAAUGGACAUUUCUACGCCGUGAUGGAUUGUUUCUGUGAGAAAACGUGGAGUCACACGCCGCAAUACCAAAUCGGGUACUGCCAGCAGUGCCCGGAGAAGGUCCAGUGGCCCACAUCGGAGCUUGGCCCACCGCCGUCGCUCUACUUCAACGCGGGCAUGUUCGUGUACGAGCCCAGCCUCGAGACCUACCAUGACCUUCUGAGGACUCUCAGAGGGACCCCUCCGACCCCGUUUGCAGAACAGGACUUGUUAAACAUGUAUUUCCGGAAAAUAUACAAGCCAAUUCCUUUGGUUUACAAUUUGGUCCUGGCCAUGCUGUGGCGUCACCCGGAGAAUGUGGAGCUAGACAAAGUUAAAGUCGUUCAGUAUUGUGCAGCAGGAUCGAAGCCGUGGAGGUAUACGGGGAAGGAGGAGAACAUGCAGAGGGAGGACAUUAAGAUGGUGGUGAAGAAAUGGUGGGAUAGAUACAACGACGAGUCGUUGGACUACAAGAAGGCAGCUGGCCGAGGAGCAGCGGCAGGAGGAGUUGUGGGUCCAGCAGCAGCUUCAGGUGGUGAAGGGGUGAACAUGCAGCCUUUCAUGGAGGCUCUGUGGGAAGCAGCUGCGGUCCAGUGCGUGACAGCCCCCUCAGUGGCUUAGUCGAUCAAGACCGUUCAUCCAUUUACGGGGUAGACGAGGGAGUGGAAAUAUUUAGAUGAAUUCAUUCCCUUUUUUUUCCCGAUUAAUUGGUGAUUAAUUGGAAUUUGGGUCCAAUACAUGUUGGGGUCGAUCGAUCGGGGGAAUGAGGAAUGAAUAAUGAAAGCAGCUUUUGGUUUUGGUUUUUGUAUUUUAUUUUUGGGUUUGUUAAAUGAACCUGCUCAGGUUUGAUUUGAGGUGUGUUGAUAAUCUUGUAUGAAAGAGAGAGAAAACGCCAUUUAUGUAAUCCAUCAUCCUUUCAUGGAGGAGCAAAUGGUUAAUUAAUGAAGUAUAUGUUUACUAGUAGGACAAAUCAAUUUGUUCACUCUGUAUUCUUUUCUCUGUAGCAAACGCUUCGUUAAACCAUAUGUAUUGGGUUUAUGUGUGCUACUUGCUUUUCUCUUUUUGUUUUUUUUUUUUUUUUUUUUUUUUUUUAACAAAUCGAUAUUAUCUACAUUAAAAGAAUGAGCAAGCUAAACUUGACAAUGAGCUAGCAAUAACGUGGUUCAAAUUUACCUUUGCCGGGAACCGAACUUUAUAAAACCUAUUUCUUGAGAGAGUAUGUUCUUAACCAACUGCACCAAACUUUCAAAUUAAGGUUUGUAAAACAAUUUUUCGGUGUCCCUAAUCUCACACUAUCGACAGUGGAUGGCCUAGUACGAGACAUUUAAGAUAUUUGAAUUCCAAAUAUUCUCAACUGAAUAAUGCUAGGAACACCAAAUUUGUGCAUUAAAUUUGGGGCAUCUAGCACCACCCUUCUCCUUAUCCAGUCGAUAAGCAACGUAUUCAAGUAUAUACCAGUCUGCUUACCAUGAUUUGAUGCAUCGGAUGUCUUUGUGAAGACAAACCUGACCGGAGGCAUGAUCCUAUACGUGUAAAACCCAAAUGAUCACGAUCUUUUUUAUUACAAGCGAUAUUACUCUUGAGGCUACACUAAUUAAGCAAGGGGAAUUAGUUUUAGAAUUAUGACAAGUUUAUUUUUCAAUCACUCGACCCUUUCUAAUAUAAAGA